GGCCAGCUGGUCACCCUCCUGGAAAACGUCGUGGGAAACGCCAGCGUCGUGACCAUACUCGCCAUCAGCGUUGAGCGCCAUCGCGUGGCCUACAAGUCCACGCCCCCGACAGCCAGCAUCUGUAGUGUCUUCAAAUCGUUCCUGGCUAUCUGGCUGACAUCUCUUCUCGGCGCUCUGCCCAUCUUGUUCAUCACGCAGUUUCCGGAAACAGAGUUCGUCGAUGGUGAGUUUAAACUAACAGACACAGCCGAAAAUCGUAAACUACUUUAAAAUGACACAGUCAUAAAAAAAAAAUGACUGAUAAUUGACUUUGCCGAUGAAGGCAGUGUUAAAAGUCACCCUCGAACCUGAGGAAUACUGUUGCGACACUUCAUGUCUUUAUGUAAUUCUUUUUCUUUGCUUGUUGCUUUUGUGGAUAGUCAAAUAUAACCGACUCGCACGAAACCAGUCAUUCCAGAGGACAUUGUAACAAACGACGGCUUUCAUACGAAGUCAAGUUACAGAGGACAUUGUAACAAACGACGGCUUUCUUACGAAGUCAAGUUACAGAGAACAUUCUAACAAACGACGGCUUUCUUACGAAGUCAAGUUACAGAGAACAUUGUAACAAACGACGGCUUUCAUACGAAGUCAAGUUACAGAGAACAUUGAAACAAACGACGGCUUUCAUACGAAGUCAAGUUACAGAGAACAUUCUAACAAACGACGGCUUUCUUACGAAGUCAAGUUACAGAGAACAUUGUAACAAACGACGGCUUUCAUACGAAGUCAAGUUACAGAGAACAUUGUAACAAACGACGGCUUUCAUACGAAGUCAAGUUACAGAGAACAUUCUAACAAACGACGGCUUUCAUACGAAGUCAAGUUACAGAGAACAUUCUAACAAACGACGGCUUUCAUACGAAGUCAAGUUACAGAGAACAUUGUAACAAAUGACGGCUUUCUUACGAAGUCAAGUUACAGAGAACAUUGUAACAAACGACGGCUUUCUUACGAAGUCAAGUUACAGAGAACAUUAUAACAAACGACGGCUUUCAUACGAAGUCAAGUUACAGAGAACAUUGUAACAAACGACGGCUUUCUUACGAAGUCAAGUUACAGAGAACAUUAUAACAAACGACGGCUUUCAUUCGAAGUCAAGUUACAGAGAACAUUCUAACAAACGACGGCUUUCUUACGAAGUCAAGUUACAGAGAACAUUCUAACAAACGACGGCUUUCAUACGAAGUCAAGUUACAGAGAACAUUAUAACAAACGACGGCUUUCAUACGAAGUCAAGUUACAGAGAACAUUAUAACAAACGACGGCUUUCAUACGAAGUCAAGUUACAGAGAACAUUGUAACAAACGACGGCUUUCAUACGAAGUCAAGUUACAGAGAACAUUGUAACAAACGACGGCUUUCAUACGAAGUCAAGUUACAGAGAACAUUCUAACAAACGACGGCUUUCUUACGAAGUCAAGUUACAGAGGACAUUAUAACAAACGACGGCUUUCACACGAAGUCAAGUUACGAAAGCGAUCAUUUUUAUUUAAAAAAAAAAAAGAUUGGAGUAGAUAUUUGGGAUGGGGGUUGGGGGGGGGGGGGUUAUUGUCAAAUUUUCUGCAAAAGAAAGGAAAUAAAAGGAAAGAAUAUAUAACUUUAAAAAAAAAAAAUAGAGCUGGGGAAAAUGAACUAAAUUUCUUCUGUCACAUUUUCCUCAGAGAAAGGUAUAAUUCGUUUGUGAAACGGAGCCAAGUACUAUUACAUUGACGGCCUAGUUCAGAGAGUCUUUAAAAAGCUACUUUAUGUGAAUGCAAAGAAUUGCAACAUUGAGGACAAUUCAUCAGCUGUAAAAGGACAUUUAACAGUUCAGACAAAAAUCUGGUUUGAAAACCGCCUCCAGCCCUAAAAAAAUGGAGAGUACAAAAAAUAAUUUAUAAAAAAACUUUAUCCCAAGAAAGUUAAACUCAUCUUCAGGAAAGUUAAAAGUGUGCCUAUGAACUUUUGUUCAAGCAGCUCAUUUUCUCUUUUAAACUUGAUACUAUUUCAGCUUUCAUGUUUCGUCUUUUAGUUUUACUAGUAGAAUAUCCCAUGCCCUCCAAUUCCCCACCCCUUAACCCCCAAUGAGAUACGUCAGUGGACAUAGUGGUACUAAUUGAUGAUUGUUGUUACACACACAUACACCCAGGCCCGGCUUAACCAUUAGGCGAACUAGGCGGCCGCCUAGGGUGGCAAAUUUUUAGGGGGCGGCACUAUUAAUUUAAUAAUUAGUUACCGUUGGCGUGGGGGGCACAGUGCGACAGGUCAGCCUAGGGUGCCUUAUACUCUGGCGCCGGCCCUGCAUACACCCCUGACCCCCAGAUGAGAUCCUCCAGUGGACAUAGCAGUACUAAUUGAUGAUUGUUGUCACACUCACCCCCGACCCCAGAUGAGAUCCUCCAGUGGACAUAGCAGUACUAAUUGAUGAUUGUUGUCACACUCACCCCCGACCCCAGAUGAGAUCCUCCAGUGGACAUAGCAGUACUAAUUGAUGAUUGUUGUCACACUCACCCCCGACCCCAGAUGAGAUCCUCCAGUGGACAUAGCAGUACUAAUUGAUGAUUGUUGUCACACUCACACCCGACCCCAGAUGAGAUCCUCCAGUGGACAUAGCAGUACUAAUUGAUGAUUGUUGUCACACUCACCCCAGACCCCAUAUGAGAUCCGCCAAUGGACAUAGCAGUACUAAUUAAUGACUGUUGUCACACUCACCCCCAGACCCCAGAUGAAAUCUGACAGUGGACAUAGCAGUACUAAUUGAUGAUUGUUGUUUCUCACCUUUAUUUAGCUUGCGAUUUUUGUCCAGUUUGUCUGAUUGUCUGGGUCAAAGCUGGCAUCAUAACUUUGACCCACUUCCUGAUCUCAAAUUGGCCUGAAACUGUGUCCCCCUCCCCCCCCCUACCAACCCACGCCCCCUGAUGACAAUGUGACCCUUCCUGAAAAGUACUUCACCGGUGUCUUUCACUAAUCUUUUAGUGACAUCUGCGGUUCAAAUAUUGCAUCUUAACUUUGAAAAUUUGAGACUUAAAGUAAAAAAGUAAAACACAUUUUCCUUUUCAAAAUAAUUUUAAAAAAGAAAUAAAUUUUAAAAAAAAAGAACACUUUUGACUAAAAAAUGUAAGAAUAAAUGUCCCCCUAAACUUCAUAGUUGUUACGGUCUUGGCGUGGAAUUAGAUUGUUCCAGGCGAUAAAUUAGAUUGUUCCAGGCGGUACAUUAGAUUGUUCCAGGCGGUACAUUAGAUUGUUCAAGGCAGAACAUUAGAUUGUUCAAAGCGGUAUAUUAGAUUGUUCCGGUCGGUACAUUAGAUUGUUCCAGAUGGUAUAUUAGAUUGCUCCAAGCGGUACAUUAGAUUGUUCCAUAUGGUACAUUAGAUUGUUCCAGAUGGUACAUUAGAUUGUUCCAAGCGGUACAUUAGAUUGUUCCAGGCGGUACAUUAUAAAGUUCCAAGCAGUACAUUAGAUUGUUCCAGUCGGUACAUCAGAUUGUUCCAAGUGGUACAUUAGAUUGUUCCAAGUGGUACAUUAGAUUGUUCCAAGUGGUACAUUAGAUUGUUCCAAGCGGUACAUUAGAUUGUUCCAGGCAGUACAUUAGAUUGUUCCAGGUGGUACAUUAGAUUGUUCCAGGUGGUACAUUAGAUUGUUCCAGGCGGUACAUUAUAUUGUUCCAGGUGGACAUUAGAUUGUUCCAAGCUGUACAUUAGAUUGUUCCAGGCAGUACAUUAGAUUGUUCAAAACGGUACAUUAGAUUGUUCCAUACGGUAUAAAUUACAUAUUUAUAUUCUGUACAUUAGAUUGUUCCAAUCGGUACAUUAGAUUGUUCCAGGCGGUACAUUAGAUUGUUCCAGGCAGUACAUUAGAUUGUUCCAGGCGGUACAUUAGAUUGUUCCAGGUGGUACAUUAGAUUGUUCCAAGUGGUACAUUAGAUUGUUCCAGUGGUACAUUAGAUUGUUCAAAGCGGUACAUUAGAUUGCUCCAUACGGUAUAAAUUACAUAUUUAUAAUCUGUAUAUUAGAUUGUUCCAAUCGGUACAUUAGAUUGUUCCAGGUGGUACAUUAGAUUGUUCCAAGCAGUAUAUUGGGAUGUAAUUAAGAAGACAAAAUAAAUCCAUCCAGUUUUUAAAAUAUAUUCACAGUGCACAAUUCAUUAAUGGCUCAGUUAACCAUGUUCCAAUAGACUGAUAACACACUUACCUAAAUUAAUUUAGUCUUUCAUUUCAAUGUUGAUAAAAGUGUCGCGAUCUUAAAAUCGAUUUUUUUAAACAUAUCUAUUAAUUUUACCCCAUGCAGUGUCGUCUUAAUGCAGUGGUUCUCAACCUUCCUGGUGCCGCGACCCUUCAAUACAAUUUCUCAUGUCGUGGUGACCCCCAGCCACACAAUUAUAUGUGCUGCUGCUUCAUAGCUGUAAGGAUAUGUGUUUUCAGAUGGUCUUAGGCGACCCCUGGGAAAGGGUCGCACGACCCCCAAAGGGGUCGCGACCCACAGGCUGAGAACCGCUGUCUUAAGACAUGUGAACACUGGGCAGUUGCACAAGGCAUCAAGCUUCUAGCGGCCUCGCGCUUCUAGGGGUCUCGCGAUUCUAGGGGCCUCGCGAUUCUAGGGGCCUCGUGAUUCUAGGGGCCUCGCGAUUCUAGGGGCCUCGCGAUUCUAGGGGCUCGCACUUCUAGGGGCCUCGCGAUUAUAGGGGCCUCGCGAUUCUAGGGUCAUCAUGAUGCUCAUUUUUUAAAAACCGUAAUGCAUAACGAGAUACGAUUUGAAAAUUUGAAUUCCUUUGAAAUUUGAAUUUAGACGUACAUCCCAACGUUUUGUGGGCACGUAUUUGGACUUUUAAAUCAACUCCAUUUUGUUCUCAUCUUUCCAGAGAAAAAAAUAUUUUGUUUAAAUCCUUAAUGUUUAUAGUUCAAGGGGUUUUGUGGGAAAUUUGUUAAAAUAGAAGAGUCUUUCAAUGGGUGCCAUGGGUUCAUAGUAAUUCAACUGAAGAAAUGUAGAGUCGUUUGAAAUUCCAAAUAAACCUUUGAAUCUACUAAAUUAUGGCGGAAGUAAAGUUGCAUUAUCUUCACUCAGAUCAAAGCCACAUUUUAAAUCUUCGACGAUCGUUUAAAUUACUGCUAUAUCCUUGACACAAUUUCCUCAUUCAUAAACAAUUUUUUAGAAGGAAAAAAAACAACCAGUUUUUCAAUAGUUAUAGAAAAGAAAUCUAAUGACCAGUUAUGGAUAACAUAAUUUUUUUAUUAUUUUUUUUUUAAACCUCUGGAAGAACGUGGAAAUAUUUCAAUUUCAACUGAAUGUGAAAAGGGUUAUUUAAGGGUUGUUUUUAUAUUUCCCCAGUUAGACCAGCAUAUUUAAUGGUAUUAGCAGCAAGUUUCUUGUGUGUUGGGAGAGGGCGGGAUAACUAUUUUUUAGAUAAAUGAUUUAUUAAUGAAGUUCUUUGAACAUCAAAAAAAAAAAAGUUUGAAUACUUUCUAUUCAAAAAGAAAAACGGCAUUACUAUUUCGAAACAAAUAAAAAAAAAAAAUAAUAAAGUUUUGUAUCAACGCAGCCAGGUCGAUGGACGUCUAAAUUUUCAUUGGCAUCUCUCCUUUCACUCACCGAGCGAGUUUGCUCACGAGCGUGGGUAGUGUAGAAUGAAGCAAAGCGACAUUUAGGAGGUAAGCGCCAUGUAUUUUGAUUGAUCAAAAUUUCCAGACCUCACCCCCCAUCGUCGCUCAGGAACCUUUGGCGGCGUCUUCAGUUUUAGCUCCCUUCAUGGUCAAGAGAUAACACCGGCAACUUGAUUUUCUUGAAAUGACCACACAAAAAUAACAACAACAACUGAUUCGUUUGGUGUAAAUAGUUGGACUGCAUAGAAGCCGGGUGGCGAAACAUACCCCAGAGCAAAAGAAUACCCUCGGGGGCGCCACAACCUGACGGAAACAAAGUGCCCCCCUAGGCGUCAUACCGCCUCAUUUUAUCUCUGAUAGAUGCCCUGCCCUCCUCCCACUAAUGCAUGAAAACUGCACCCUGUCCCCUCGUAUGAUAUGGUAGAAAACACUGGCCAUAACUCAUAAGUCAACCUGGUCUCCAAAAGCUUAUCCAAAAAUUACCCGAGUGAAUUAGAGAGCCAUUGGGGUGGGGGGCGGACGGGAGAGGGUGCACGUUACAUUAAAGGGCCCAUAGUCCCAAGUUCAUGUUAAGACGGCCACGAACCUCAAUGGGCCUCUUCUUGCCUUGUGGUCCCUAGUAAAUUUCUACAGGAGUUCGUACUCGUCCUGGUCCGUAUGCGUGUACAAGCAUUCGUUUACUAUUUUCUUGAGACAUGUAUCAAAUUUAGAUUUCUAUUCUCAAAGAUGUCUACAUUUAAACAACAACAACAGCAGCAGCAACAACAACAGCAACAGCAUCAUCUUGAUCCCGAUGCAGCAGCCACGUCGGCAUGUGCCCAGUGGCACUCUCAAAAUCUCCAGAGCUGCGCUUCGUCUGUGAAUAGUGUGUUCGUCUAGACUGGUUGGUACUCUCUCUCGAGAGAUGAUCAAAGCGUACGUCAUAAUGUGAUGGUCAGUGAAAUACGCAGUGUGUUACCGUCUCAUUUCACGGUUCGGUUCCAAACUCCGAAUUAACAUGAACAUAGAAUUAACACGUUAAAAAAAUGUUCGUCCAGGGACGGAAACAGAAGCAAUAUUCACGUCAGAUAUUAUUUUUAUUUCUCCGGGAAUUAUGUUAAUAAUAUGUUAAUAGUACAUUCGGAAUUACAAUUAGAUUUUAUGAGUCUGAUAUCGAUCAAACUGUUCAACUUUAACUCCCCGGACGGCAACUCGGCAACUUUGAUUAAUGUGUGUUCUGACGGCAGCGUCUGCAUACAAAUUAAAGUCUGUCUCAGGUGGAUAGACUUGCUCCCCACGCCCACCCCCCCCCCCGCCCCGUUGAGAGAAUAUUUAAUCUCUUUAAUCAUUAUUACACAAUAUUUUAAGGAAAAAAUUCGAAAGUAAGAGAAAAAGAUCUGAAUCUUAAGCCGUUUAACUGGAAUUGUGGUCUGAAACAUCUCUCAUCACCAAUUUUAUGGCAAGCUUCCUGGAUAGAAAAGAACGUUCAUUAAGAAUAAAAGUUCAAAUAAUUCUCUUAGAGUGCAUUUUCUAAAGGUAAUAAAUGAAGGACUGCGAUCAAGCUGUGAGAAGCACACGUUUGAAUCGAAAGACAGGACUAUGGGAUAAGAACGUUUCGGCUAGAAGCCUUCCUCUGCAGACAAGAUAAAUGAAAAUACGACUAUUUGCUAUUCGAUUUCCUAAGCCCCCUUCUCGGUUUAAAACCUGACAGAAUCUGAUUAAUCUAUACAGCCAGGUAACAUGUAUAAACUUGCGUGUAGAUUGCACGUAUGAAAUCCUGUAGGGGUGUAAGAAAACGCAAGCUAUCUAUUAUAAUUAUUCGCAUAUUCAGCCUAAAUUUCCAAUUUUCCGAGAAAAAAAAACCCAUAUCAGACAGCGAAGUCUGAAACUUCUGCAGUCUGGGGUUCUCCCUUUUUAUUAACAAUAUGGAAAUAUUUUCAGACUAUCAUGAACAGAAAAUAUCGUUAAAGUGUAUUACCUUAUUUAAAAAAAAAAAUAAUUAAAUAGUGGAUUCCAUUUUUUUCUACCCGUUAAGGUUGAUUUGUAACCGCAAGACCAGACAUACAAACUCAGGUCAGCUAUUAGAAUUCCCUCUCCCAGUUGUACGCCUAGACUUACAGAGUAGCCUGUCCGUAAGCCCAAAUUUAUGACAGGCAAUCCGAGUUUGAUCUUACUCAGUAAGAAUGCGGACAUUUGAUCAGUUGAGUACUGCUCAGAAGUAUAUGAACUAUGGGAGAUAUAGAAACUAUGGGAGACAUAUAAACUAUGGGAGACAUAUAGACUAUGGGAGGUAUAGGAACUAUGGGAGACACAUAUAAACUAUGGGUGACAUAUGGGUGAUGGUGGGUUGAACACCUAAUAUUUUUUCACCCUUCACUGUAAAUACAAAGUACGUUUAUACAUUCUGGGAAAAGUUCUUCUGCAACUACCAAUCAGAAUGCGACAGAAAUAGUUCAACGAACAUCUGGGAGCAUUUCCAAAGCGGAUGAAACGACGUUCUGAAACAGUGGUCUUCAAUCUGUGGUCGGCAAGGACGGCCUUUAAGCCAUCGACUCAUCCUCAACGCUCACCCCUCCCCCCUUCCCCCAUGAUUUAACCUAUUAUAAGCAUUCUUAAAAUAAAGUAUAGCACAACAUCCACUAUAGAAGAUAAUACACAAUUUAUUGUUUAAGUGUAAAACUAAUCACAAUUACAAAUAGAACUUUAAUUUGAAUUUUAUUAUUGCUAAUUUUAAUUAAUGACCUGAUAACUCAUCUUAACAACGUAUUUUUAAUUAAAAUCGUUUAGCGAGAGCUUCUAUCGCGUUCCUUCUCCACUGAUCGAUUCCUGUAAACGUAAUACGCUAUCUACACUCAGGCCUGGUCAGAUAAUGGAAGGUUUUGUUUUCAACGUCUGGGACUGAAGGCCCUUAGAAGAAAAUUAAUUCAGUAUGUUCAUAUCUCUAUGCUAUCUCAUUGUUUCCAAAAAUUACUAAUAAAAGCAAAACUCUUGGGAACCAUUUCCUGUGCUUUGUCAUCGUUAUCUUAAAAUGAUUUUCGAUCGAAUUAGACCCUUCUACACUUGACGAACUUUGUCCAUACUAAAUAUAAAUAUUUAUCACUCCAAAAUGUGAUUUAAAACAAAAAAAGUAUAACAAUCAUAGCAAAAAGAAACUUAAAAUCACGUUCUUUAACUUUCUUUAUGAAAAUAAUAUGCAUGGUCACAAAAUGCUUGCAGAUGAAGAUCUUGCAUUUCAUUUUUUUAAAAUUCUCUUUUGGCUCGAACGGGCUUUGAAAUUAGUAUUGACCCGAAAGGGGACAACACUGCGCUUGAAUACCGGAGUAAGGGGUAAUCACAUUAGGACUUCGUACACGCUGUGUCAAGGAAAUAGUGGAACGAGGCAUGUGGAUGAUAGAGUCGAAAGACGGGGCAAGAAAGGAGCAGCUAAAGCCUUCCUCAGCAGACAGGACGAAUGAAACUAUUCAACCUCCGGCAAUAACAGUGGCGAACGCUUAAGUUUUUAAAAAAACUAGUUUCUAUUCCUUGUCAUAUUUUCAGUUACAUUUCUAUUGCUAUUUCUAUUUCGAAUAAGUAAAAUUCUACACAUGCAAACUAGUCACUGAUUGUGGUCCGUCAAUAGUAAUAUUAUGUUACUCAACGCAGUGUUCUGGUCUUUGUCGAACUGCUUUAAACCACGAUGUAUCGAUUUAUCACCCCCCCCCACCAGUGGCAUAGGUAGAGGGUGCAGCGGGGACGGUCCACGUCAGGUGACCCCUUUUUUCCCCCUUAUUUAAAGGUGCUGGCUUUUCGGCUUGCUGCAAAGUUUUUCCGUGAAAGUUGUGCGGAACAAUACUUGUCCCCCCCCCCCCCCCCCAGGGCGCCACUAACCAUAGUCACUGUUUCUUCUGUUUGAAAGGUAGCUUCAUUGUGUUACCACCUCCUUAUUGUGUGUGAAGAAAAUCUCUGACUCGUUUUUUUUUUAAUUCUAAGAAAUAGAAACAGUUUAGUCUUUAAUCUUUCAAAUGUAUAAUUUUAAUUUGAAAUGAAAUCCCCCCCCCUUCCCCAAAACCAAACCCUUUAAAAAUUCCUAAUCAUUUGAGCAGUCCUUGAGCAAUCCCACCAUCCUUUGCGGGGGUGGUACCGCCCACUUUGAGGAUCACUGUUCGGAAAGGUCUUCGCAUCGGCUGUAUUUAAUAAAAUAAUCCGAGGAGGUCUGAUAGCGACUCCAUACGUGAGGCACAUCUUCUUCAAGUCAGCGGGGGCCUUGUAGCAUUGUUAUCUAACUAUUUGAGGAACCCCCGAAGACGUGUGGUGGUAAUACAGCAUCCAAACUAUAGCAUCCUAAAACUUGAACUUCAAAUCUCCAAUUUGACACCGUAGAAGUCUGGUUUCUUGCAUCCUCAAAAUAAACAAAAAAAAUCCCGAAGAAGAAUAAAAAGAAAGCUGUCAAACGAGCAUGUGAGUCAGCAUACGAUCUGAUGCUGAUAUAACAUCUUAUGGCAGUUUAGGAUGUGAUGACGGUGCAGAAUCUGAUGACAGUAUAGAAUCUGGUUUCAGUGUAGGAUGUGAUGACAGUAUAGAAUCUGAUUUCAGUGUAGGAUGGGAUGACAGUAUAGAAUCUGAUUUCAGUGUAGGAUGUGAUGACAGUAUAGAAUCUGAUGACAGUAUAGAAUCUGAUUUCAGUGUAGGAUGUGAUGACAGUAUAGAAUCUGAUUUCAGUGUAGGAUGUGAUGACAGUAUAGAAUCUGAUUUCAGUGUAGGAUGUGAUGACAGUAUAGAAUCUGAUUUCAGUGUAGGAUGUGCCAUGAUGACAGUAUAGAAUCUGACGAAAAACAAGUUUGCCCUAAUUUAAUAUAGGUAACGAAAAAAGGCUCAUAGCAUCAUUCCAUUACUCAACACUAUCCGUUUUUUUUGUGUGUUUUUUUGUAAUUUAUUUGCAGUUGGGGGGGGGGGGUUGAAAUAGAUUUCGUAUUAACUUGACCUUUGCUCUUGGGUACAAUGAGGCUGUGAUGGAUGCAAACUAAAAUUUCAGUGAGAAACUUCUGUGAAGCGUAUGCCGUGUUCACUGAUGCGAGCCGAUUAAUUAUUGCCAUAGGGUUUUCUCUCUACACUCAUUUCCUUCUCAUGGAACGUAACUUGUUUGUUUGGCACACAUGUAAAGUUUUAGCAUUUCUCGUGCAGUGUUCAUCCGGCGAACGGCUGGAAAAGAAUACUGGAUCGAUAGCUACGGUUUGAAACUGUGGUUCAAAUGAUCGUGGUUGACCUCGUCUGAUUUAUUGACCGAGCGGGUGGGUGGGUGCAUGAGCUCAGAUCUCCUUUUUUUUUUUUUUUUUUUUUGUUUUUUUUUUUUUUUUUUUUUUUUUUUUUUUUUUUUUUUUUAGUUUUAUGCGUUAAUUUUAAGCUUGCAAUUUUAAAUACUAACCAUUAGAAAAUAUAUAAUAAAAUAAUAAAAACUUAGAAUAAAAUACUGGCUAUCAACAAAAAACAACAGCCAACAAAGAUAAAACAAUCAAAACGCACUAAAAAGUAGAAAAUAUUUUACAAUUUCUUAAAACGCAUAAUGCAGAGAAAGUGUGUGCAGAAAAUAUUUAAAAAAAAUUAAUACAAAAACACGUUGAAAUGUAGGUCUCAUCCACUUUCAGUUCGACUCCUUUGGCUACAUAGAGUGCUUAUCUGCAGUUCUGAUAUUCAGGGAGGGCUUACUUAGAGAGACGUCACAUUAUGUUACGGAUUACCUCGGAUUAUGGAGAUUAGCGUAAAUAAAUGUAUUCAAAAUGUUUAAUACAUCGGGCAUUGAUCAAGGAAGCCCAGAUUUUACACAAGACUUACUACGUGUGAAGCGAAAAUACUUGAAGAAGGAAGAAAAAUAGAGAGAGAUAUUUAGAGAGAGCGAGAGAAAGAGAGAAAGAGAGAGAGAGAGAGAGAGAGAGAGAGAGAGAGAGAGAGAGAGAGAGAGAGAGAGAGAGAGAGAGAGAGAGAGAGAGAGAGAGAGAGAGAGAGAGAGAGAGAGAGAGAGAGAGAGAGAGAAAGAGAGAGAGAAAGAGGCAUACGUAAGGGUUAUUUUAAUAUCUUCUCAAAAACUAUACGUUGUACCUAUUUCUUUUUUCACCGGUUGUUGGGUCACCCCCCUCCCCCAACCCCCAUCUUAGUAAAACGCAUUGAACAAGUCUCGUCUUCGCAAACAAGCAUUGGGGUAGGAAGGGGUGCAAAAGGGGGGGGGCGCGAGAUCAACCCCGGGCGUCACAUUUUUACCUUUAUGUUUAAGGGGGUGGCAUUUUCACUUAUUGGCAUAAUUUUUUAUGGAAAUGGGGUGGCAAAAAGCGCCUCCCCGCCCCGGGCGGCACUAACUCCAAUAACGCCACUUCAACACUAGUCAUGGUAAUGACCUUCCCUGGAGUCAGCUUUGUGGAAGACUUUGAAUGAUUCUAACGGAGGAAGAGACGUGGCCCCCCCUUCCCCCCAUUCCCCCCACCCCCCAUCUCUGAGUUAAACAAGUCUGACGCUCUCUGAGCUGAUUUACGUCCCUUCACUUUAGCGUUCAUUCAUUCCCUUUCUUCGUAAGUUAUUUCCCUUGCUGUGUACAUUAUUCCAUUUUUGUGUACAUUUAUUCCACUUCCGUGCACAUUAUUUAUUUUUCGUAUGCAUCAUUCCAUUCUUUUUUGGUGUCUGCGCUAUUCCAUUUUGUGUACAUUAUUCAACUUCUGUGUAAACUAUUCCACUAUUGCGUAAACUUCUUAUUACCCCCAUUCCAUCGCUAGUACACGAUUCCACGUCUGUGUACAUUACCACGCCUCUGUGUAAAUUACCACGCCUCUGUGUAAAUUACCACGCAUAUGUGUACAUAGCUACACCUCAUUUUACAUAACUACGCGUCUGUGUACGUAACUACGCCUCUGUGUACAUAACUACGCCUCUGUGUACAUAACUAAACCUCUCUGUACAUCACUACGCCUCUGUGUACAACUCUCCGCCUCUCUGUACCUCUACUUACGUCAUGCACUUACCUUAAGCUCUUCAUAAAACAAUCAUCCCAAAAAUAUACAUGAUUAUUUAAGGGCGGCAAAUAUUUAAUGCCUUACACGUCCCCAUGAAUUUCAAAUUUACCCGGCUGAAAUCAAGGGCUUCAAAGCAAAUCGAGCGAGGUUACAUCAUAUCUCUGUUAUCCAGCUAUUAAGAAAUUCUGCAAGGGAUGACCACUGUAAUAGAAUUAACCUGAAGUACACGUGAUGGCAUUUGUUCCGGCCACAGGCCAGGCCUGAAUUACAGAUACGUCAGCUAACAACAUAUAAUUGAAGCCUCUUUUUUUAUGCCGACGAUGAUUUAAUAAGCUUACAACACAUUUUUUGUGGUGUGUUAAGGGAGUGGUUCUCACACGUUUAACAAUUAAUGUACCCCAAUGGAAGAUGACACGAAAUCUUUGUUAGUUUUAUUUAUCAUUUAUUUUUAUUUUUAUCGUCACAAUUUUUUCUCGGCAAAUGAUAAUUUUCGUUAUCGCGGAGGAAGAUUUGGAUCGCCCUCCUAGAAGCUCCUGGUAGCUAUAGGCGCUCGGGGGUACAUGACGCACAGCUGAGAAUCACUGUAUUAGUGAUAGAAAGUUGGGGUGGGGGGGGGGGGUAAUGAAAGCAGGACGAUUUCAUUGGUUUCCAAUUAUGUUGGUUGAACAAAAUCCAAUUUAUUCAUGUGGAUAAUAAAAUCCAGUUUAUUUAUGUCAAUAAAAAAAUGUUAUAUAUAUUCUUACAUUUCUUGUAUCCCUUGUCAACAAAGUACACAAUCUUGCCAUUAAGAUCAACAAAGUACAUUAUUUUGUCUUUAAGAUCAACAAAAUACCUUAUCUUGCCAUUAAGAUCAACAAAUUACACUAUUUUGCCAUUAAGAUCAACAAAGUACACUAUUUAGCCAUUAAGAUCAACAAAGUACACUAUUUUGCCAUUAAGAUCAACAAAGUACACUAUUUUGCCAUUAAGAUCAACAAAGUGCACUAUUUUGCCAUUUAGAUCAACAAAGUACACUAUUUUGCCAUUAAGUUCAACAAAGUACACUAUCUUGCCAUUAAGAUCAACAAAGUACAUCAUUUUUCCAUUAAGAUCAACAAAGUACACCAUUUUGCCAUUAAGAUCAAGAAAGUACACUAUUUUGCCAAUAACAUUAAUAAAAUACACUAUCUUGCCAUUAAGAUCAACAAAGUGCACUAUUUUGCCAUUAAAAUCAACAAAGUACACUAUCUUGCCAUUAAGAUCAACAAAGCACACUAUUUUGCUAUUGAGAUCAACAAAGUACACUAUCUUGCAAAUUAAGAUCAACCAAGUACACUAUCUUGCCAUUAAGAUCAACAGAGUACACAAUUUUUCCAUUAAGAUCAUCAAAUUACACUAUCUUGCCAUUAAGAUCAACAAAGUACACUAUUUUGCCAUUAAGAUCAACAAAGUACACUAUCUUGUCAUUGAGAUCAACAAAGUACACUAUCUUGCCCUUAAGAUCAACAAAGUACACUAUUUUGCCAUUAAGAUCAUCAAAGUAAACUACCUUGCCAUUAAGACCAACAAAGUACACUAUCUUGCCAUUAAGAUCAACAAAGUACACUAUUUUGCCAUUAAGAUCAACAAAGUACACUAUUUUGCCAUUAAGAUCAACUAAGUACACUAUCUUGCCAUUAAGAUCAACAAAGUACACUAUCUUGCCAUUAAGAUCAACAAAGUACACUAUUUUGCCAUUAAGAUCAACAAAGUACACUAUUUUGCCAUUAAGAUCAACUAAGUACACUAUCUUACUAUUAAGAUCAACAAAGUUCACUAUUUUGCCAUUAAGAUCAACAAAGUACACUAUUUUGCCAUUAAGAUCAACAAAAUGCACUAUUUUGCCAUUAAGAUCAACAAAGUACACUAUUUUGCCAUUAAAAUCAACAAAGUACACUAUUUUGCCAUUAAGAUCAACAAAGUACACUAUCUUGCCAUUGAGAUCAACAAAGUACACUAUUUUGCCAUUAAGAUCAACAAAGUACACUAUCUUACCAUAAAGAUCAUCUAAGUACAAUAUCUUACCAUUAAGAUCAACAAAGUACACUAUUUUGCCAUUAAGAUCAAGAAAGUACACUAUUUUGCCAUUAAAAUCAACAAAGUACACUAUUUUGCCAUUAAGAUUAACAAAAUACACUUUCUUGCCAUUAAGAUCAACAAAGUACACUAUUUUGCCAUUAAAAUCAACAAAGUACACUAUCUUGCCAUUAAGAUCAACAAAGUACACUAUUUUGCCAUUAAGAUCAACAAAGUACACCAUUUUGCAAUUAAGAUCAACAAAGUACACUAUUUUGCCAUUAAGAUUAACAAAAUACACUAUCUUGCCAUUAAGAUCAACAAAGUACACUAUCUUGCCAUUAAGAUCAACAAAGUACACCUUUUAUGGCAAUUAAAAUCACAAAUAAUAAUUUUCUAGGCACGUUCGUAUGGCUGUAACACUUUGAUAAAUAGGCGUGCAAAAUAGAGUCCACACAAGUUUGCUGUAACUGCGCUCAUCAUAUAGUUCGUGACUUGAAUGCGUGAUUUUGUUGAAGACUUUGAGUUAUAUGGGACGUUCACGCAUUUCCGCCGCCAUUUUUUGGCGUCCCCCCACCCCUUUCCCCCUUAUUUUUUUAGUAUAUAAGAAAAUAAUUAUGUUUAAAACUACUGAAGCAACAAACAGAACAAUUCAAGGGGUUAACUAUUGAAAGCAUGACGGUGAAAUGUUCGUUUAAAUAUUAUUUAGUUCAAUAACAGUGCCAGAGGCGUCUCGAGUACUUCCAUUUUCUUUCCUGGUGAAUGAACUUAAGCUGACCCCAAGUUCGGCAGCGCAGUUAGGGUGUGGCUAACUAAAUAUAGUCUCCAGUGAACUCAGUUACGACUAACUAAAAUCUAUGGUCUGGGUAUUAUUAUUAGAAUUCUGUAGAAUUAUGCAGAAGGAUUGAGAAAGGAAUACAAUGCGCAAGUCCGUUUCGAGAAGUAUCCAUGCAACAGGCUACAUAAACACCUAUAGAUUGAGCGACAGGAGGCAGAUCAGACGAGAGUUAUUUUGAGCGUGUGCUAUUUUGGCUAUAGAGCUUGGCUACGAAACGAGAGAUUUGUUUACUGAAUGUGUGUAGAUUUGUUCACCUUUGUACCUUUUUACAACAUUGUAUCUUCUUCAACAUUGCACCGGUACAAGCCAAUCCUUAUACUGUAAGUCAAUAGCUUUAAUUAUAUUUCUUUUUGAUUUUUGUAAUUUAUUAUUUACUUAAUACAAUUUAUUAACUUUGGUUCGUCCUGUUUUGAGUAUCAUAUUCUUUGUUCUUGUAUUUAAGAUAUGGUAUCGUCUUUUGUUGUGUACUGUUUUUUUUAAAAUCAAUGUUUGAAUUCUGAGCCUCAAAAUGAUAUUCAUUACCUCUGAAAAAAAGUGAACAAAUUUUAACGGGUAUUCGAAUUUGAAGUGAAGUUUAAUAAAAUGCAUUACGCAUCAUCUGUCAGUAAACUAGUCCUCUGUCUUCUGCAGUAGUGAGAUGCGCGGAAAAGGAAAGAGAAAAGAAAAGAAAGUUGAACUGUAAAGUCCCGGUCCGGGCCGACCCUAACAAUUGCGGAGCCCUAUGCGAAACGGAUUGCGCGGGGCCCAGUCUGGGCAGGGAUAAGGAUAAUAAGUGAAAAUUUAAGAUUUUGAAUUAGAAAAAAAAAUGCGGGGCCCACUGCGGCCGCACAGGUUGGAGUGACCUAAGGCCGGCCCUGGUCCCGGGUAAAGUCGUAAAAAUACAUUUUCAAGGAUUUCCAUUAACAAAGUCUGACGUCAUCUCUAUCCCUCGCCAACCCAAGAGCAGUCUACUCCACUGCAGCUCUAGACAAGCCACGGUACCCUAGACUGGCUAGAGUGAGAGACUGCUUGAAACAAAUGCAUUACCACUGAGGUAGUCGAUCGUAAACACCCGUCUUGAACAGCCUUCUUAUAAAAGACGUCUGGCUCGUAGAUGAGCAGGUGCACUAGGUCAUCAUUUCUUGCCUUAAUGGAGAGGUGCGCUAGGUCAUCAUCUCUUGCCUUGAUGGAGAGGUGCACUAGGUCAUUAUCUCUUGCCUUGAUGGAGAAUUGCAUUAGGUCAUCAUCUUUUGCCGUGCAUGCAAGUCAAUCGUGUACGAUGGCCAUUUGACAGAUAUGAAACACGAACAUUUCACACCCCACAGAGUACAGUCGGCUCGCGAUGAUUUUUAAAGAGAAACACGACUGUGUUUGUAUAACCUCAAUUUAAAUGUAAAUAAAUUAAAUUUAAACAAGACCUAAAAACAUAGUCUUUCGUAGAACUCCUUUAUAUGCAUUUGUGUUUGCAUUGAUGUAAAGGCACGUGAUUAUCAUUAAUGUCACUGUACAAACUGAUUUUUGGCGCGUGCAUGUUUUUUUUAAAAAUCAAACUUAGUGCACGUGACACCCAAUAGACUGAUGCUAUAUUUAAACCCAACUACGUCACAAAUAAAAAAAGCGCAUGGCAACAGCUGCACAAUUAAUCUCCUCAUUAAAACACGCACCCAUGGAGUAAAUCACAUUUCAUUCAUCUUCUACUUGAAAAAAACUAGGGGAAAACAAACAUGUUUCUGUGGGAUUUGGGGGGGGGGGGUGGGGAAGGCGCUGAAAAUUUGCUGGAUGGUGUUGUGAUCGGCAAAAAGUCUAGUUUGUGCAGAGUUUCAGUUCGAUAGGAUGGCGAAAAGUGGGUCGAGGAGCCGUCCGAAGAUUUUUGUCACAAACGCACGAACAAAAGCGAAUUUGAUAUAAUGGAUUUUAAAAAAAAAAAGAUUCCUUCAUGAUAAAUCAUAGAUCAUCGAUAGAAAUCUGUUGCAAGGCCGUGGUAAUUACAAAAAGAUAACUUGAAAGGCCGUGGUAAUUACAAAAAGAUAACUUGAAAGGCCGUGGUAAUUACAAAAAGAUAACUUGAAAGGCCGUGGUAAUUACAAAAAGAUAACUUGAAAGGCCAUGGUAAUUACAAGAAGAUAAAUUGAAAGGCCGUGGUAAUUACAAAAAGAUAACUUGAUAGGCCGUGGUAAUUACAAAAAGAUAACUUGAAAGGCCGUGGUAAUUACAAAAAGAUAACUUGAUAGGCCGUGGUAAUUACAAAAAGAUAACUUGAUAGGCCGUGGUAAUUACAAAAAGAUAACUUGAAAGGCCGUGGUAAUUGCAAAAAGAUAACUUGAAAGGCCGUGGUAAUUACAAAAAGAUAACUUGAAAGGCCAUGGUAAUUACAAGAAGAUAACUUGAAAGGCCAUGGUAAUUACAAAAAGAUAAUUUGAAAGGCCGUGGUAAUUACAAAAAGAUAACUUGAAAGGCCAUGGUAAUUACAAAAAGAUAACUUGAAAGGCCGUGGUAAUUACAAAAAGAUAACUUGAAAGGCCAUGGUAAUUACAAAAAGAUAAUUUGAAAGGCCGUGGUAAUUACAAAAAGAUAACUUGAAAGGCCGUGGUAAUUUCAAGAAGAUAACUUGAAAGGCCGUGGUAAUUACAAAAAGAUAACUUGAAAGGCCGUGGUAAUUACAAGAAGAUAACUUGAAAGGCCGUGGUAAUUACAAGAAGAUAACUGUUUGAUUUCUCUUUACGACAGAAACAAACAAACAAAAAUAAUAAAUUAGUCAUUGCAGGAGUGGGCAGGGGUAGACCAAGAAAUAAAAGAAAUGACAGUUGCACCUCGAAUAUGACACGUGUUGUGAAAGACACUUUGAUCUAUUUUUAAAAUAGAAAUUAAUAAUAAUAUAACCUUUUUUCAAAAAAAUAUAUUUUUUUUUCGAAAAGAAUGAUCCCCGCUCAGGCGUUUGCUGAACGCGUCUUGGUUCAUUUGGGUGUAAAUCUGUAAAGUGGAGUGGUCUCUUGUUUUGAAUUGGGGCGUAUUUCCGCUAUGACGAAAACUUCAGGAGCAGGUAACUGGGUGCACUUAACGUACGCAAUGACGCUGAGUCAUCUUAACAAAUGUUUAGAACCGAAAUAUUGAAGGAAAAAAAAAAUAGUAAUCUUUCCGUCUGUACGUUUCCAAUCAGUCUAAGGGCGAUUCUUAAAACACACACACAAAAAAUGUUGACGUUAGAGUAUUUUCUUUUAUUGCGGUCGGACCGAAAAGUCGUUGCAAUCGAUUAUAUUAUUUUGGAUUCGGGUCAGGAGGGCAAUUAAGAAAAAAAAAUUGAAUUUCUGUCAUAUUCGAUUCGAAUUUCGUGGUUUUUUUUUUUUAUCUCCAGAUUCGGACAGGAUUCGUUAAUUUGUUUAUCCCCCAUAUUUAUUCAUUAAUUGUCUUGUUUAUUAUCUGCAUUGUCAUUAUGUCCAUUUUAUCUGGGUGGAAAGGGGGUGGGGGUUCACGAUAUGUUUCUUAAAAGCACCUAAAAGCCAAACAACGACACGUAGGCAGGUGGUUGGAAGAAUUUUUUUUUUAUUUCCAGAUUCGGACAGGAUUCGUUAAUUUGUUUAUCCCCCAUAUUUAUUCAUUAAUUGUCUUGUUUAUUAUCUGCAUUGUCAUUAUGUCCAUUUUAUCUGGGUGGAAAGGGGGGGGGGUUCACGAUAUGUUUCUUAAAAGCACCUAAAAGCCAAACAACGACACGUAGGCAGGUGGUUGGAAGAGAAGACCUGCCAACAGGGGUCGGUGCCCAUUUUUUUAAUACAGAGUGUGGUGGUGAACGACAGUGACACCAUUCAAACCAUGGCUGGUUGUGUCUUACGACAUAGGAGAGAUAUCACUUUGGCUUUUUUUUUAGAGGGUAAGGGGGGGGGGGUGAGGGAAGUAAGUAAGUUGCAGUGUAGGUCCGUCCAAAUUUUGGUAAAAACGGAGUGACAGAGUAGCUUGCCCCUGGACGCCGCCAUACUUUAAAAAAAAAAAAUUGUGUUGGCUUCAAAAAUCGUAUAUAAAUUUUAAUUAAGUUUUAAGUGCACAAUUCAAAUGAUGAAAAUUAAAACUGAUUAUAUUUAGUAUAGUUUAUAAGUAGAACGUUAACUCAAUUUCGUAAAUGUGCACAUUUCUAAGAGUGUUAAUGUUGUUUUUUUUUAGUUGAUUUCAAGAUAAAGUAAUUUAGAAUUAAUUUGGCUUCUAAAAAGACCCCCCCCCCUCUUUUCUUUCCCCACACACGCACACAAAAAUGCCUUAAUCGCAAAGUAAUAAAAGAGUUCAAAAAUGGUAUAUAAAUAAACAAUAAAACUUCUUGUUUAAAAAGAAUACGUAUAUUUUCUCGCUUUGACAAAAACAAAAUGCUGAAUUCGGUUUGUCUUAUGGAUUGAUCUCUUCUUCUACACUCUAGACCAGCGGAUCUCUUCUUCUACACUCUAGACCAGCGGUUCUCUUCUUCUACACUCUAGACCAGCGGUUCUCUUCUUCUACACUCUAGACAAGCGGUUCUCUAACACUGGCGUCGCCUAAAACCAUCGGAAAAUACAUAUUUAUGAAGUAGAAAACGAACAUAAUUUUACGGUUGGUGGUCACCACAACACGAGGAACUGUUUUAGACAUGACGUCACAUGGGUCAAACAGUAGAAGAGUUAUGACUAGACUGGAGUCGAACAUGCUGAUAACAACGGAAAAUAUCUACUUAGUGUGGCGAAACCAUUAUACCAGACAAAAGUAUAGUGGACUUAAAGGAGCCGACGACGUGGCACAUUUUUCUACACACUCUCUGGACGCAAACAUAAGAAGUUGAAUCUUAACACUCCUAAGUCCAGUAAAUGUGUAGAGCCAAAUCUGGUUAUAAAGGAAAAUAUUAAGAUUGUUAUCAUUGUCAAUUUUUCCACUCAAAAAAUAAAUAAAUAAAUUAAAAAAUAAAUAAAUAAUCCAAUUAAUAUUUAAAAUUUAUGGGUUGCAGUGCCCUGUCAGGGAUUGUAGUAGAUGUGCUACAGGUCGAAUCUAGCUAGUAUUGUUUCAUUGAUGUAUUAUUUCAUUCAUGCAGUGUUUCAUUGAUGUAUUAUUUCAUUGAUGUAUUAUUUUAUUAAUGUAUUUUUUCAUAUAUAUAUAUAUUAUUUCAUUUUUCUUUAUUUAUUUUCACAAUCGGUUUUAUUCACCAUCCAGAGGGGUAAAAUAAACGUCAUAUUUAUAACGGAGUUACGUGCGUGCGUUUCACUGUUCAAAAAAAUUACAAAAACUUUAGCACCAAGGGCAGAAUGUUACGCAUUAAAAAACAACAAAAAGGAAGCACUAAUGAUCUUAACAUUGUUCUAACAUCUCUAGAUUCAGCACCUGAGAGUUUAUUGACUUUCACAAUGCGAGUGUGUAUGUAAGUCGCUUUUAGAACCUAUUGGACACUGUGGGAUUAAAGGAUUAAAAAACGAGUUAUUUAUCUCUCCGUGCUGAUCUCCCGAAGUCACCCACAAAGACUCAGCUAUUGUCAGAAAACUUUGCGGAUUUCAAAUAAUUCUCUUAUCAAUUUUUUUUUCAUUUGUUGAGAGAUGAUGGUAAUCUUAGUAAAAUCAAAACCAAAUCAUAACUCUACUCUCAUAUCUCUAAUCAUCAAUGACGUGGGCCAGCAUCCAAGCCUGUAUGAGAACAAGGACGGGGCAUUCAGUGAAGUGACAAGGCCAGAUGCGAAAUCUAAAGGAGAUGUGCGCUAAAUAACACAACAAUGGCUCUACAGGAUGAUGCCAAAUGACGAAAAAAUACUGCCGUUUGGAUGGAUUAUUCACUCGCCACUCAGAAAUUGUCCUGUUUUGGCUGCAGAUUGUUUGCUAUUAAUGUUACAGAAACAGCAUCCAAAUUUAGUCCUGGUGGAAACUGAUCCCAAAAUGACAAAAUCAUGAAGUAUCGGAAGAGCACCUAUGUUGUUUUGAAAAGUGGAAAGUAUUGGCAGCAGGAUUUAGGCUACACAAAACAAUUGAUGCCGAAAGUAUUGCUGUGAUGGGCAGGGAGAAGAAAAAGUGGAGCGAUAUCCUGCACAGAUUACUGGAAAUCACAUUGUUUCUUGCAAAGCAAAAGCUGGCAUUUCUAGGCCACAACGAAGAUGAAUCUUCACUGCAUAAAGGAAACUUUCUUGAAAUGGCUGAGAUGGUAUCUAAAUAUGACCCAGUGCUAUAAGAGCACCUACACGAGUAUAUCUACAGUAAAAGCUUCCGCCUCUUACCUUUCAGCAGAAACCCAUAAUGAUUUUACAAAUGCCCUUACAAAUCACGUGAAGGAGAUUCUUAUCAUUGAUGUAAAGGCUACGAGGUCUUUUGGAAUCAUAUUUGAUAGUACACCUGAUAUAUGACACACUGACCAGAUAGCUGAAGUGAUCAGAUAUGUGAGAAUCCACAAUGUGAAAAUUGAAGUGAGAGAAGUGUUUCUUGCACUUUUACUGUUAAGAGGAAAAAAGCUGAUGACCUCAGUUCUGACUUCUUACAAAUCUAAAACUUGAUGGACUAGACAUAAUAAUGCGCAGAGCUCAAGGUUACGAUUGCUGCCACAAUUUCUGGAAUCCAUGGAGGUUUUCAGGCCAUUCUGAAAAAAAAAUAAGAAGAAAGCGAUUUUAAUGGAUAUGUAGGCCAUUUCACAAAGUCAUGGACUGGUCAGUAUUGGAUGUUUUGAAAUUCAUAGCUGAAUGGGACUUCCUAGAAUCUCUUCCAAUACUUUCGCUAAGCCUUCAAGUGAUUCUUAUGUUCAGUAUGUCAUGUAAGCGUAGCUUUUCAAAACUAAGACUUAUCUAGAACUAUUUAAGAUCCACCAUGGGACAGUCUAGGGUUUUCUUAUCUGGCUCUGCUAUCAAUUGAGAUAAGGUGAAGGAAAUUGAUUUUGAUUGACAGGUUUGCAGCUUUGAAGACCAGGAAAGGAACAUUUUAAAUAAAUUAAAUUUAAUGUAAAAAUAACUAUAACUUAACGUUGCUACAGUUCUUAAAUACAUUUACUCCCUGACCUUCAACGUAUGUAUUUCGUUUUUGUCUUUAUUAUACUAUGGACUUAUUUAAUCAAGAAGCAAUCCAUCAUGGAAGUUGGGAGGGGAUUUGUUGGAAAAAAAGGGGGGGGGGGUGAAACCAUGAGUUUACCGCACCGGGUGAUACCAACCCUAGCUACACCACUGUAUCUUAUGAUCAUUUGAAUAUCGUACAUAAAAUUUUUCUGGAUGAUUUUAGGAUUUUCUUUAUUUAAAAUUGUAAAUUAGGUGAUAAAUCCAUUUUUUUAUUUUGAUUGUAGUACAGUUCAAUUUGGUUGAUAUGACGAACAGCUAAUUCAAAGCUUAGAAAAUCGUACUUUGAGUUGGAGCUUCAGAUGAAAUUUGCAUUUCAUUAUAAUGCACUUUGGAAUGGGGUUAAGAAGCUCAGUCAUGCAAAGAAACUAUAAUUCCUAUUCAUGGCAGUGUUUAUUUAUAAUUGCCUAUUUUAAAAUAUUUUUUUUAAAGAUCUAUUAUUAAAAAUUUUUGUUUUUGUUUUUGCAAAUGUCAUACAAAUACCCCAAUCAUUCACUGUAACGUGGUGACUGUAAAAUCGAUAAUUCAUUGAAAAACAUUAGCGGUAUCCAAAAAAAAAAAAUCUGUUCUAAGAAAUCAACUACAAAAUAAUUUUCUGGGUGAAGAUUAGGAUCAUCUUAAAUCUCAAAUCGUCCCUUCUCCCCCUCCCCCCACUAUAUCUAAGCUGUCUUUCCAGUGAGAGGAAAAGGAUUCCUAGAUCUUGUGCCAACGAUGUCGCUGUUUGAAUGGCUUUAAUGAUUUUAACGAAGACUUCAUCUUUGAGACUGCGACAGUGUGCAUGUGGGGGGGGGGGGAUUUUCUUUGUUGUUUCAUUAAUUCAGUUGGUAAAAUAUUUUUUUAUUCAAGGUUUUUUGUCUUUUUCUCGAAACGUUUCGCUGAUCUAUUGAUGUCAAAUAACAACAAAAUCAUAACCAAAUCAAUGGUAAACGAACUUGAAUGCGAUUUUUAUAUGUUCAACUCCCUUAUAUACUGCACGUCACUAAAGCCCAUGCGGUGCAGUUAGUGAAGUUUUGUCAGCAAAUUAAACGAGUGCAACAUACUCUCGAAAUGAUUGGCAUCGUCUAGUCAUCAAAAUGUUCAAUACAGCGGUAUAGCUAUAGUUAGUGCUACCCAGCAAAAAAAGGAAGGGGGGGGGGGCACAGAUUUUUGCCUCCAUCACCUCGCUUGAAAAAUAAAACUCCGCAGAUUGACGAAAAUAGCACACCAAAAUGUAAAGGACAAAUCCCGCCCCCCCCCCCACUUCUUCCUAAAGUUAAUCCUAGAGCCCCUUAAAUCUUUUAGAAUAUAUAUAUAUAUAUAUAUAUAUAUAUAUAUAUAUAUAUAUAUAUAUAUAUAUAUAUAUAUAUAUAUAUAUAUAUAUAUAUAUAUAUAUAUAUACACACACAAAGAUACAUAUAUAUAUUUAAUUAUACCGAAAAAAAAACUUAAUUUCUGCUUCAAAGCAUCAGUUUGUAGCAGCAUUAUAGACAAAAUUUCACCAUAACUGCUACAGGAUUUAGCUCUCCCACUCUUUAUUGAACUCCCUGAUGUAUCCCUCUCUUGUUCGCUUCCUUAUCGUAAAAUAUAAUAAAUUUAUUAAUUUUUUUGUUUUUGAUUCAGCUGGAACUUCCCGCCAGUUGACAAAUACACCGCUAGACAGUCGCCAAUAUCACCUAUACCUGAAAUACCGCUAGACAGUCGCCAAUAUCACCUAUACCUGAAAUACCGCGCUAGACAGCCGCCCAUAUCACCUUUACCUAAAGUCGAAACUCUUGCGGCCCGUGAAGUGUUGAAUCGCGAUCAGUGACCACCACUUAUCUGAAGCUUGCGUCAGCAGCAUAAAGACUUGUGGAGGAUGUUAGGGCCUAGUCAGUCGAGACUGUGCCAUUCCUAUGACGUAAUAUAGGGGUGCGAAUGAGAUGAGCCACCCGGGAGGGGGGGGUGCGGAUUUUUAGUUCUAUCAUUAUAUCAAUCGAUAUGUGUGUAUGUCUGUUGGUGGAUCACUUUUGCGAAUAAGCCAUAUACAGCGUUUAGAUAAGGUUUUAUGCUGCCCCUCCUCCCCUUUUUUUUUCUCCGCAAAUACCAAUGUUAUUUAAUUUGAAUUCGAAUCAAACCUUUAAACCAUCUCGUUUUAGAAGUCACAUUUUUGGUCGCUUAUUCAGUGAUCCAAUUAUAAGACGACAGUCCUUCAAAUUCCUUCCUUUGAUGAUUACCGUCUAAGAAAUACUUUUAAGACAUGUGUUGUUAAUGUCACUUUCUCUUGCCUCCUCAUAAUUUAUGUAAAUUUGUUAUGCCUGGCCUCCGUGUAGAUGCCCAUCAGAACUAUACAUUUGCGCCUUCACAAGUACGUGCAAAAUCAAAUCAAGUCCGCCCCCCCCCCCCAAAAAAUAUUGUCACGCAGCCCUAAAGAGCCCGGGGCCUCUUGGCGCGUGCAGAAGCCCUAACGUUAGUCCGGCACUGGCCACUUCCAUCAUGUAAAUUUAUGUAAAUUUGUUAUGCCUGGCCUCCGGGUAGAUGCCCAUCAGAACUAUACAUUUGCGCCUUCCCAAGUACGUGCAAAAUCAAAUCAAGUCCGCCCCCCCCCCCCCAAAAAAUAUUGUCACGCAGCCCUAAAGAGCCCGGGGCCUCUUGGCGCGUGCAGAAGCCCUAACGUUAGUCCGGCACUGGCCACUUCCAUCAUGUAAAAACUUGUACUAAUAAAUCAAGAUCUGCGGAUCCAGAACAAGGUACGACCACCAUCAAUAGUCACGUGAUCCAUCCUGUUCACACCAGUGAUCAUAGUAGCGACGGCUUCCCUUAACAUAUUUUAUUCAACUGCCCUCAUUGUUUGCUUAAUGUGUACUUCUUUUUUUCUCUUCACCUUCCAAUGUCAGGUACUCCUGUGUCCAGGUGCAUAACCAACAUUGAGGAGACCUGGCACAAGGUCUACGCCGUCCUGGGCAACCUCUUGUUUUUCAUCAUGCCUCUCUUUGUUAUUCUUCUACUAUACACCAAGGUAAGUCAUCUGUAAACCGUGAGUGGUUACCUUUAAAGAAAAGUCAUUUGUCUGUAAACGAAAUUCAGUUAUCAGUUAACCGAGAUCAUAUUAGUAAACCAAAGUCAUUUGUAUUUAAACCAAAGUCAUUUGUCUGUAGACCAAGAGUCAUUUAUCGAAGUAACAAACUAAUUUAUCAUUGUGUCAAAGCAAGUAAUCUGAAACAUUUUUGACAGAAACAAAGUUUAGGGAAGGGGGAAAAAUGUGGGGGUUGGGGGGGGGAAUCGUGGAGAGAAUUGUUGAAAAUGGUUUUAAUGAUACAUCUAAAGACCCUGUGAUGGGGGAGUUGGGGGAUAGGGGAGUGAGGGGGAUGAGAGAGUGGGGGAUGGGGGAGUGGGAAGACGGUGGGGGUGCUUAACGAGACUCCGUCACAGAAAUGACAUGUUUAGAAUUAGUAAAAAUGGAGUUCAUACCAACGAGUGUCCCUACUGUCUCACUAACGUCUCAGAAUAAAUUUACCGUCUUUAUUCCCAGACGGUAUGUUACAGAUUUUAUUGAUGACAUGGUCGCAGGGGCGUAGGAAGAGGGGGUGAAGAGGUGGUCAACCUAGGGCGGACCCUUCCUUCCCCCCCCCCUUUAAAGUUGAAGGGUGGUGCUUUUUGUUCAAUGAAUUGUGUUUGUUUUUUCCCUUGGCAAAACAUCUUUGUCCUCCCCGUCUGGCACUAACUCCUAGAUACGCCACUGCAUGGUCAUGUUAAUAGUGAAUCUCAAACAUCGGUCAAGCUGGUUUAAGUUAUGGCAAUAAUUGGCUGUUGGAGGGAUGGAGUUUGCAACGUAAAAAAAAAUAACAACACAAUCCCACGCUCUGAACGGACAAGUUACAGAUUAGCAGCCUGAGCAUUAUAGAUUAACAGCCUGUGCAUGACAGAUUAGCAACCUGGGCAUUGUAGAUUAGCAACCUGUGUAUGACAGAUUAGCAGCCUGAGCAUUAUAGAUUAGCAACCUGUGCAUGACAGAUUAGCAACCUGAGCAUUAUAGAUUAGCAGCUUGUGCAUGACAGAUUAGCAGCCUGAGCAUUAUAGAUCAGCAGCCUGUGCAUGACAGAUUAGCAGCCUGAGCAAUAUAGAUUAGCAACCUGUGUAUGACAGAUUAGCACCCUAUGCAUGACAGAUUAGCAAUCUGUGAUUGACAAAUUAGAAACCUGUGUAUUAUAGAUAAGCAACCUGUGCAUGGUAGCUUAGCAUCCUUUGCAUGACAGAUUAGCAGCCUGUGCGUGACAGAAUAGCAACCGUUGUAUGGCAGAUUAGCAACCUGUGCUUGACGAUUAGCAACCUUUGUAUGACAGAUUAGCAGCCUGUGCAUGACAGUUGUGCACGAGCUCUCUGACAAAUGUCGGCACAUGUCACCUAGAAAUGUCAGGUCACGGGGGGUGCCCCCGGCUACUCCAAUGAUCUCCCCGUCAAUGUUAAAAUGUCACCUCUCCCUGCAUUCAUCCCAAAUAUCUUGGGAGGCUCCUCAUCUCUAGUCAGUAAGUCUAAACCAUUGAUUCUUAACCUUUUGGAGGUACCGAUUCCCACCAGUUUUCAUAUGCUCAUUCACCGAACCUUUCUUAAUAGGAAAAAUAAAAUAUGACUUUUUUCUGAUUUUUGGGACCUCCGCUGAACCCCUGAGACUGACUCAACGAACCCCUGGGGUUCGAUCAAAGCCAGGUUAAGAACCACUGGUCUAAACGUAUUUUGGAAUCGUAUGUAUUUAUUUUUUUUCUUCAAAUUUCUCUUUUUUGUCAGUGUCUAUUUGGCAUUGGAAAAGGAGACAUUAAAUAGUAUUUAAUUUUUUUAUUCGCACUUCAUCUGCCUUUUUUUUGGGGGGGGGGGGGGUUUUUGUUUGUUUUUUUUUUUUUGUUUCGCAUUUUUUUUUUUUUUAUCAAAUUUCUCUUUUUUGUCAGUGUCUAUUUGGCAUUGGAAAAGGAGACAUUAAAUAGUAUUUAAUUUUUUUAUUCGCACUUCAUCUGCCUUUUUUUUGGGGGGGGGGGGUUUUUGUUUUGUUUAUUUUUUUUGCUUCGCACAUUUAUUUUCUUUGACUUGACAAGUUUGAGAAUUAAAUAAUUUAACACAGUAAACUACUUAAAAAUCUCUUCUGUCAGUUUAUCUUGGGUUGAAUAGAAUCAACGCGAAGGGAGAUUUUGAUCUGUGUGUUUUCCAUUAUCUUGUCAACUUGAUACCCGCAAUAUGUCGGGGCUCACUCGGUUCUGCUGAAAAAAAUGUGUUUGGUGAAAACCUCACGCGGUAAUUGGACUCUUUGUGGCUCUAGACGAUGAUUAACCCCCACUCGCUCUCCCCUCCCACCGCUCUAUUUAAUAACUUCUCGCCAACAAAUGAGGUACAGUAAAUGCCUUACUGAAGGAGAUUUUUAAAACACACUGAUGUUUUUAGACCAUCGACAGGUCUAUAUGAAACUCAUGAUUUCUUUUUAUUUUUUUAUAAUAAAAAUCUGAGUGAAAUACAUGAUGUUUUUAUAUCCUACAAACCUGUAUGAAACUCAAGAUGUUUUGUUUUUACCUUGCAGGUCUAUAUGAAACUGAUGAUGUUUUGUUUUUACCUUGCAGGUCUAUAUGAAACUGAUGAUGUUUUGUUUUUACCUUGCAGGUCUAUAUGAAACUGAUGAUGUUUUGUUUUUACCUUGCAGGUCUAUAUGAAACUGAUGAUGUUUUGUUUUUACCUUGCAGGUCUAUAUGAAACUGAUGAUGUUUUGUUUUUACCUUGCAGGUCUAUAUGAAACUGAUGAUGUUGUUCAGGAGGGAGCAGGAGAAGUCUCUGACGUAUCCACGGGAGAUUGUCCGACUCAAGCGUCAGAUGACGCAGAUCAUCAUCACCGUGGUGCUUGUUUUCUUCAUCUGUCACACGCCUUACAGGUAUGCAUGA